AGCACUUGCCUUGGUACAAUUAUUAAUAGAGAUACAUAUCUCAACGACUACACUUAAUUGGUAUACAAUGGUAUCAUCGAUCGGGAUGAAGAGCCACGUGGCUUUCCUCUCGCUGGUGCCCGUUUCUACUGCGGCUCCGGCGCCAGCCGCCGCCGCUCGUCGUCGUCCGCCGUCGUCCUCCCACGCCGCCGCGCGCCCCGUGCGCUGCAUGUGCAGUAGUACCGCGACGUCGCCGUCUCCCGACGCCAAGAUGGCGCCGGCUUUCCACCCUGCGAUAUUCGGUGACUUCUUCAUCAACAACGUCCAACCAUCACCCAAAGAGUCAGAUGAAUGGAUGGAAGAGAGAGUAGAUCAGUUGGUUGAGGAGGUAGGUAGAAUGCUUGAGGUUUGCAAGGAUGAUGUGGUAAAGCAAAUGAACCUGGUGGAUGUGCUCCAACGUUUGGGAAUAGAUCAUCAUUUUGAGGAGCAGAUCGACACCAUUCUAAAAAAUAUUCAUAGAGCUGAGUUCAAUAGCUCUGACCUUUACGAGGUUGCCCUUCGGUUUCGCUUACUUAGGAAACAAGGGUAUUGGGUCUCGCCAGAUGAAUUCAACAAAUUCAAAGCUGAAGAUGGGAGCUUUAGUAGUGAUGACAUAACUAAUGAUCCGAAGGGCUUGUUAAGUUUAUACAACGCAGCUCACCUUCUAACUCACAACGAGAAAGCACUUGAAGAAGCUAUAUUGUUUGCAAGGCAUCACCUACAAUUAUUGAGAGGCAACCUCGCGUACCCAUUGGAUGAACAAGUAACACGUGCCCUUGAGAUACCGUUACCAAGGACCAUGAAGAGAGUAGAGGUGCUAAAUUAUAUCUUCGAGUAUAGCGCUGAAGAGAAAAUGUUCAAUCCCUCUAUUUUGGAGCUAGCCGUGCUUGAUUUCAAUAUUCUACAAAAAGUUCACCAAAAUGAACUCAAGGAAAUUUGUCAGUGGUGGGAGAAUCUUUCAAGUGACAUUAGACUCGACUACGUCCGUGAACGUGUGGUUGAGUGCUAUUUUUGUGCAUACGCUGCCUACUAUGAAAAAGAGCACGCACGGGCCCGUAUGAUAUUCGCCAAGAGGUGUAUGCUAUUUUCACUGCUCGAUGAUACAUACGAUGUGCGUGCAACUUUAGAGGAGGCUCGCAAGUUUAACGAUGCUCUGCAAAGAUGGGACAAGAGUGACGUUUCACUUCUACCAGAGGACCUGAAGAGAUUUUUUCUGAGCAUAAUAAGUAACUUUAGGGAGUUUGAGGAUGAAUUGGAACCACAUGAGAAAUAUCGUAAUUCUUACAACAUUAAAGCGUUUCAAAUACUAUCGAGCAAUUUCCUCCAAGAAGCAGAAUGGUUUCAUCAAAACUAUAUUCCAUGCUUUACUGAUCAUGUGACUGUUUCCCUCCAGACCGGAGGUGCAAUAGAGUUACCUGUUAGUUUAAUUGUUGGCAUGGGUGAUAUAGCAACUAAGGAGGUGUUGGAUUGGGCCUUGGCUAACCCUGAUGCUGGUAGGGCCUUUGCAGAGGUGGCACGAUUCAUGGAUGACUUAGCUGCAUCACACAGUGGGAGGGACAAGAUGGAUGUGGCGAGCACUGUGGAGUGUUACAUGAACGAGCACGGGGUGACGAGAGAGGUCGCCGAGGCGAAGAUCGCUGGAAUGGCUGAGGACGGGUGGAAAAGCAUGAACCAGAUACGCUUCAAGCACCGCGCGUUCCUCCCGUUCGUGCAGCGGAUCGCCAACCUGUGCAUGUCCGCCACCCUCCUAUACCAUGGCAAGAAGAAUGGCUUCAGCAAUAGCCUGGAGCUAAAGGAUAUGUUCGAGAGCCAUUUUGUUAACCCAAUCCCGCUUAAUCAUAUAGAUUACGAUUAAAGACAUAUAGGCUUUGUGGGGAAGUGCCAUUUUCAUAUAUUACUUAUAAAAAAUAUUACUACCUGGUAUAUGAUUAAUUAGAUACAUCCUCCGUUCAUAAUGUAAGUCAUUCUAACAUUUCCCACAUUCAUACUUAUGUUAAUGAAUCUAGACAGAUAUAUAUGUCAUUAGCAUCAAUAUGAAUGUGAGAAAUGCUAGAAUGACUUACAUUGUGAAACGGAGGGAGUGUUGUACUUCAUAGUACAAUGAAUCUAGAUAGAUAGGAAAUGUCUAAUUUUGCAAUAGGUAGCAACAUUUUGAAAUCAAUGAAUCCAGAUAGAAUGCA